AUGGCCACCAAUGGGGGAGGGCCCUCACCGGGUCCGGCCUCUAGAUCGAGGCAGUGGGAGGUUUCGCCUAUUGGCUCGCAGACACAGACGCGUGAAGAGAGACUCGCGCGGGAGUUAGCAGUUCUGGAACUCAGCAGGCGCGUGUUGAAUGCUCGUGUGACUCAUUCAACGCAGUCAGUCACCAAUCCAGAGACGGAGAGGGUGCCUUCUAGAGGAACAGAACCCAGUGGAUGGGGCGGCUGCAGCCGUCAGAAUUCCUUGGAUGAAGGAGGCGUCAAUACAAGUGGUGGCCUGUCGCCAGAAGAAUUCGCAGCCGCCUUCGAGAGGUACAUGGCAGGAUGCGUAUUGCAGCAGACCACUGAACUACAACAGCAGCAGCAGCAGCAACAACAGCAGCAGCAGCAGCAUUCGUUUUCUUCUGCAGACACGGCAGCCUUGCUAUCUUCCGCAGUUGAUUUGUCUGGCCUGCGUGAAGGUGUGCAGAUGCCGCCGUCUUCAGUAGGGCGCAGCAACGACGCUGCAACGAGGAGUUUUUCUUCCUCCACUAAUUCAUCUAGGGGUCCUGGAGCCCAUCAGCAGACGUUGAACGCAGCGCAUGCAGCAGCAGACGGAGCUGCCUCGCGUAGUACCGCGUUAGAGGUGGAGGGCCGCCGCCGGACUGGCAGUGGUCAAGGACACGAACCUGCAGAUUUUCAGACUUUCAUGUCUGAAUUCGCCACUAGCGACGCCGCUGAAUUGUGUACAGGGGGUAGGAGAGGACAGGGUGCAGGAAGUACAGCGGCUACAGGAGGGAGAGAUGGAGCGGCCAGUAGUGCCUAUCCUCUUCCACUUAGGGGAGGCAGUGGGGAGCAGGAGGGAGGUGGGAGACCAGCAACAAGUCAAGAGGAGGACUUGUUGAGUACUUCACUAUUCUCCCGACUUAUGCAAGAGUGCCAAGCGCAGAGUGCGGGAGGCGACAUCGAGCUUAGCAGCGGUGACCAACUGGGGGCGAUCACCAGCAGGAUGAGAGCAGAAGGGGGCGGGCGGCUGUCUGCUGCCGUGUCCGCUGAACUUCUCGCCUUUCUGCAGCAACACCAUCUCAGCAAACUGGCGGAGAAGCCAGAGACAGGAAAACGGCUUCUAGGAAGUGCCAACAGCACAGCGUGCAACAGCAACAUCAACAGCCGCAGGACUAGCAACUGUAGCCCCGGAGCGGAUGAUGAAGAGGAGGCUCGGGCUUACAAACGCCGUAUUUUAGAUAUGCAUAUUCUAGACCAGCGGCGCACAAGUUUCGCCAGCUCUAGCAGUAGCAGCGGCAGCAGCGAUUUGAGGCUCUUAGCAGCCUCUCUAGCAGGGACCCGAGAGGGUGGUGAGGUUUUGGAGGGACCAGAGUCUGCAGCAGCAGCUGGCGGGACUGCGGAGCGUAGAGUGAAAACAACAGGACAUGAAUUGGUUGGGGGUGUGGCGAGUGACUCGCCGUCAAACCCAUCGUCGCCGUCUUACUUAGCAGAGCUGCAGCUGAUAGAACGUGUGACAGCCGGUGAUGCGUUUCUUCAAGAGGAAGCCUUGGCAGCAUCAUCCUUUAGGGGGACUCUCGGCUACUACAGCGUAUGCGAGGGUGCCGGCAAGGACGAGUGCUCAAGCCAGCGCCUGUACCCCAUAGUACGUGGAGUGUCACGCGAUAACACCAAGAAGCGCUGGGCUGUGUACUGGAAAGGGUACCGACGUUACUUCUACGAUAAAUUCUUCGAAAGCUGUGUAGAGGCAUACAGGAGAGCGGUGCAGUUCAGACAACAGGCAACCACUGCAGCAGCAGCUGUCACUGCCACAGGAAACCCAGCACAUCUUAUAGCUGCAGGGCUACACGGAUCUCCAGGAGGAGGCAGCAGCAAUGCCAAAAACCAUCAGCUCAAGGCGGAGCACUCCGAAUGUGUUGCUGCUGUACUGGCCUCGGCUGCUGCUGCUGUUGCAAGCAACACAAACGGUCGCAAGGGGAAAAAUGCUUCUCCGGGAAACAACGGCACACGGGACGACAGAACUCUUGUUUGUUUGUAUAAGGAAGCAAUACUCUUCAUUCUGGAGGACCUGAGGAACAACGUACUAGCCCAGUACCUCACCUCCAGGGCGGCUCUCAACGCCAGCGCUGCCACUUCAACCUCCGGGCAAGGCUCUCCAGGGGAACUAGCAGCUGCUACAACAGCCAAGCGUCUGAUGGACCAGACGCUGCUAAUGCACACCAACGUUGUGGGGAAUGCCACCUCCACUGCAGAGCUCCAGCCAUCCCUCAUGAUCGUCGCCCCCUGUCUCGAGGAGUUGAAGCUUCCGAGCCAGCAGACGCCGCAGCAACAGCUGUCACUGAUGCAGUCCAUUCUUGCGAUGCACAUACAGCAACUUGUAUUGCUAUCGCGAUACUUAAACAAAGGGAUUGCCACCUUGCCUGAAGGGGAGGAGAGCGGUAGUGCAACCGUGCAGUCCAAACACCCAGAAGUCAAGGGAGAGAGCGAACAGGCAGAAACUACAAGUGGCCCUGUUCAUGAACAUCCACAGGAGCAGCAAACAGCUCCAGCAAGCGCAGGAAGCACUGUAGGUGUGCCCGCGUAG